UAAAAAGCGGCAUGUGGUGCGUAAUGUUCUACUAAUCACAGACAUAUUUAGAUUUCUUUUGCCCUGUAAUUAAUUUAAUAAGCAUGCCUAAAAAAAUUAAAAAAGCAAAUAAAAAUGCAGCCAAAGGAGGCAAAAAGAUGUGGAAGAAGCAUCAAAGUUCGAGCUUCAAUCCUAGUUUUAAUAAACACAGGUUAGAAGCUAAGAAACGAGCGAUGUUUGGAGUCAGAGGUGAAGGGAAUUUGACAGAAGCGAAGUUGGCCAUCCACAACAAACUGACGACAGACAGUCAAUGUGACCAAAGCGAAGAGGCCAUGAGUGUGGGCGGGGAGACGGCCAUGACUGCGUUCACCAACUGUUCGUUGCCCACUUUCAACAGGCUGCUGAAAAACUGGAAUUCCAACUCUUUCCUGCACAAAGAGAUGUUGGCCAUCAUAGCCGCCGUGACAGACAUCCUGAAGAUGAAGGAUGGAAAAGAAACAGAGACGGAGUACUUCGCCGCCCUUAUGACAACUCUGGACAUUGUCCAGACGGACGAAUCUCUGACGGCCGUCAUAUGCCUGCUCUCCAUGUUGGCCAGGAGGUUGAAUGAGGCGGUUUUAAAACUGCAUUUCAAGACGGUAUGCAAGACAAUAAUGCAAAUACUGCUUAAUCCCAAGUACAUGAAGUCAGAUCAUUGUGCUCUUCUUAGAAAUUCGCUGCUCAUUCUCAGCUCCUUCUUGAAAGGAAAUGGCGCUCGGGCCCUGAAAUCGGAAGAAGAGGAAGAAGAAGCGGAGGGAGGUGUCAACUACAAGAGUGUCUUGAGAUGCGUCUUGGAGUAUGUCAUUCACCAUAAACCGAAGGUGCGAAAAGUGGCCCACGAAAUAGUUUUUGGCCUUCUGACAGAAAAGGAGGGAGAAACUCAGCCAGGAGCCAAGCUGGUGGCCGAAUACUGCAUUGAUUUCUUGGAAACCCAUGGAGGCCCUGCUGCCACAAAGGAAGUGUUUUAUGUGUUGGCUCUUCUGCAAGACAUCUUUGGUGUGCUGCCCAAAACCAAAGUCAAAGCUGCCUGUGAAACCAUCUUUAAAGUGAUGACCCUCAGCAAUGCAGUUUUGUCUUCCAAUUGCCUGAAAACUCUGAACUGUCUGUUCAGCAUGAAGCCAAAGCCAGAACACUUGCCUGCGGAUAUGAACGCUCGCAUUAUAAAUGUCCUGUACAAUUAUGAGCCCAACAUCAACGAAAGUCAACCCCUCACUUGUUGGCUUGAAGUGAUGGAAUCUGCUUUCAUCAACCUGAAAUCGUUGGACGAACGCCUGUGCCUCCUCCAUUUGCCUGCCUUCACUUCUCGCGCAGUCAAGUGCUGGCUCCAGCGGGAAGCAAGAGGUCUUGCCCUCGGUGGAAUUCACUCUCAAG